GCGCCGAUCCGAUCGGAACUACACAUAACCUCUUUUGGGAUGUUUAUGAGGGACAUCACUUACGUGCAGUGUGUUUAUUAGUACGUUUUACUGUUUUUAGCAGUUACCGAAGUUAUAAAGUUUUAAAUAUAAAGUGGUUGACUUUAAAUAUGGAAAGUGAAAAAUAUUUAGUUGAAAAACAAAUUUUUGAAACUAAGCUUUUUAAAUUAAUUGAAAAUAGUGGCGCUAAUAAUUUUACCACCGUACUAACUGUUGAGCAUUAUUUAAGUAUUUUAAAUCAAGUAAAGAACAGCAUGUCAAAGAAAGAGACGAAGGAAAAACUAAGUUGUCAAGAUUAUAGGCGUUUGAAUAGAUUUGAAAUUCUAAGAAUUGGUGAUAAAGAGAAAAUUAUUGCAAAACGAAAGAAUGAUGAUGUGGUUUCUAUAAGGUAUUAUUGCGAUGUUACGGAGGUACACGGCAUUUUAGAAAAAGUUCAUAAAGAUACUGGCCAUAAAAGAAGAUUAGGAAUGGAAAAAGAAAUUGCUAAGAAAUAUUGUAAUAUUCCCAGAAGUGUCAUUGAAGAGUAUUUGAAAUUAUGUGCUAUGUGUCAAUUAAAGAAAAAAUCGAAGCAGAAAGGAUUAGUAGUAAAACCAAUAAUUUCUACAGGAUUUAAUAAAAGGGGACAAAUUGAUCUUAUUGAUAUGCAAACAGAACCGGAUGGCCCUUAUAAGUUUAUCAUGAAUUACCAAGACCACCUCACAAAAUUUGUGUUUUUAAAACCUCUAAAAACUAAAAAGGCAGAAGAAGUAGCAUAUAACUUGAUGGAUAUUUUUUGCAUAGUCGGGGCACCUUGCUUGCUUCAUAGUGACAAUGGCAGAGAAUUUGUGAAUCAAGUAAUUACUAGCCUUGCAGAUAUGUUUCAAGCGAAAAUAAUUCAUGGUAAACCACGUCAUUCUCAAAGCCAAGGGUCCAUCGAGAGAGCGAACCAAGAUGUAAGAGACAUUUUAAUUACUUGGAUGCAGGAAAAUGAGACAACUAAGUGGGCAGAAGGUCUAAGAUUUGUGCAAUUAAAAAAGAAUAGAUCAUUUCACCGAGGCAUCCAACGUACUCCAUACGAGGCUAUGUUUGGCAUCCCACUUGUUAAUGGCUUAAAAGAUUCAAAUCUUCCGCUUGAAAUUGUAGAGAAGUUACACGAUGAGGACGACAUUUAUAGAUUAGAAAGCAGUGUUGGUAGAAACAUAGAACAGGUAGUAUCUGAAAAAUCAGAUUCAGAAUUUCAAAACAGUGAUGGAGGAAAUGAAAAAGAUGUACAAGAAAGCUUUCCCAUAAAUUAUUCCAAAAAUGAUGAUGUUGAGGAAGAAUUGUUGAGGAACAACGAAAUCCGAUUAAAAUCAAUAAAUCAACAUCGAUCUCAUAGUAUUGCAUGUUUAAAAAAGCAAGCAACAGAAAUGUUACAGCAAAGUUGUUCCAAAUUCCCAAAAAUUGAAAUUGGGCAGAACGUUUUAGUUAAGAUUCCUGAUGUCGACAGAGGACGCUUAGCUCCUCGUAACAUUUUGGCUGUUGUAUUGUCCGAGAAAGAUGAUUUAUACCAACUUGGUACAUCAACUGGCGUCUUGGAAAAACUAUAUGCAAGGAAUGAGUUCCAGCCUUCUCAAACGAACUCAUUGACAUCUUCAGAUGUACCCAUCGAAAAUAAACUCAGUUUGAGAACGGUGGCGGCAAAAGAAUCAAAUUCUUCCCAGGGGUUUGUAAGAUGCAACUGUCGUAAACAGUGCAGUAAUAAAAGGUGCAAAUGCUUAUUAAAGAACUUGAAAUGUAACAGUAAAUGUCAUUCAAGUACUUCAUGUCGCAAUAAGUAUUUGUUUCUCAUAUGACCAAAGCAACAAUUAACAUUUCGGGAUAUGUUUAACUGCUAAAAACAGUAAAACGUACUAAUAAACACACUACACGUAAGUGAUGUCCCCCAUAAACAUCCCAACAGAGGUUAUGUGUAGUUCCGAUCGGAUCGGCGCAUUGUGCAAAUGUACAUAUCGGGACGUGUUCAAACUGAUAUGGUCAGAUCCCGAUUGUAUCAUUUUUUCGUCAUGUGACCUAACAGCUUUAGA